AUGGCGGAGGGGAAGAAGAUCGGGAAUGCUCUCCUCCCCAGUGAGUCCAUGAAAGUGAUCGCAGAGUCUAUAGGAGUCUCACAGAUGUCAGAGGAGACCUGCCAGCUGCUCACACAAGAAGUCAGCUUUCGGAUAAAGGAAGUCACUCAGGAUGCUAUGAAGUUUAUGCACGUUGGUAAAAGGCAGAAACUGACCCCCAAUGACAUUGAUGCUGCUCUAAAGCUGAAGAAUGUGGAGCCCAUAUAUGGUUUCCAUGCUAAGGAAUAUCUGCCGUUCCGUUACGCCAGUGGGGGAGGGCGGGAGCUGCAUUUCUAUGAGGAGAAAGAGGUUGAUUUGUGUGACAUAAUCAGCACCCCACUUCCUCGGGUGCCUCUCGACGUCUCAUUGAAAGCUCACUGGUUGAGUAUUGAAGGAGUUCAACCCGCCAUCCCAGAGAACCCUCCUCCAGUCCCGAAGGAGCAGCAGAAGAUGGAAGCCACACUGAGCCCUUGAAGGCUGCCAAGCCAGGACAAGAGGAAGCAGGGCGGAAAGGGCAAGGGGCAAAUGCUGUGGAGGGUAAGGAGAAGAAGAACACUAUUCUAGAAGGUGCCCCUCUGAAGUUAAAACCACGCAGCAUCCACGAGUUGUCCGUGGAACAGCAGUUGUAUUACAAGGAGAUUACAGAAGCGUGUGUUGGCUCUUGCGAAGCGAAGAGAGCGGAAGCACUACAGAGUAUUGCCACUGACCCUGGCCUGUAUCAGAUGCUUCCUCGGUUCAGCACUUUCAUAUCAGAAGGGGUGCGCGUGAAUGUUGUACAGAAUAACCUGGCACUGCUUAUUUAUCUCAUGCGAAUGGUAAAAGCUCUGAUGGACAACGCCACUCUGUACCUAGAGAAAUACCUCCAUGAACUCAUUCCAGCUGUGAUGACGUGUAUCGUCAGCCGCCAGCUUUGUCUGCGACCCGAUGUGGACAAUCACUGGGCAUUGAGAGACUUUGCCGCUCGUCUCAUUGCGCAGAUCUGCAAGAACUUCAGCACCACAACCAACAACAUCCAAUCUAGGAUAACCAAGACAUUUACAAAGAGUUUGGUUGACGAUCGCACUCCAUGGACCACCCGGUAUGGCUCUAUCGCUGGCCUUGCAGAACUGGGACCCGAUGUGAUCAAAACUCUGAUCGUCCCACGUUUAUCGGUGGAAGGAGAGCGCCUACGCACUGUUCUAGAGGGUCCAGUUAUUUCCAACAUUGACAAAAUCGGAGCUGACCAUGUCCAGAGCCUCUUGCUGAAACACACGGCUCCAGUUCUGGUGAAAUUACGCACCUCUCCAGAUGUCCCAGACACCUACCGUACAGAUUAUGGCUUCCUGGGUCCCACUCUGUGCUCUCAUGUGAUGAAGGCUAGGGCCCAGAGCGCUUUGCAGGGGCCCCAGGUCAACCGGACCACUCUGACAGUCACACAGCCUCGUCCCACCCUCACCCUCUCUCAGCCGUCCUCCGGCUCCCAUCACGCCAUCCCCUCGCCCACCUGGGAUAAUUAAGGUGCCUGGGUCCUUGACUUUGCCCGUACAGACCUUAGUGAGUGCCCGGCCGGCCACCCCUACUCAGCCUUCACCACCACCCACCAAGUUCAUUGUGGUGUCUUCAGCCGGGAGCAGCGGGACCCAGGUUCUCACCUCUUCAAGCGGCCCUUCUCCAUCCACACCAUGCCCCCCUGGGGUCCAACCCAUUGUGAAACUUGUGUCCAGCGGUCAGAGCAGCGGCCUGGGGGGCUCAGCAACUGGCGGCAGCAGCGGAAUGCAGAAAUAUAUUGUGGUGUCUCUUCCAACCGCUGGAGAAAGCAAGACCCCUCAACCCUCCCCCCCCCACAGCAGAGACCCCCGGCUUGUGA